CAAGUCUCCUCCCGACAUCAUCACCAGAAGAAGAAGCUAACAUGAAGAGGAAGUAGAGCAACUUGGCGCGUUUUGGAUGAAGAUUACAAUAAAUAUUAGGCAACAAAAUGGACUGCAGCACUGCUGACAUGCCCACUAAUGUGGUCAAAGACCGCCCAGCUUCAGAUGUCUCCUCGGAUGACGAACCUUUGAUAAACCUGAAAAUCUCUGCAUCGGCUAAGAAACCAGAGAAAAUAGACGACACGCCACCCAGAGCUAAUGGCACAAACAACAAGAAAGCAGAUUUAAGUACAGAUGAAAGCUCCGACAAUGAGCCGCUCGUAAAGAUUGCCAGAGCUGCGAAGAAACCUUCCUCACUGUCUCCGAGAAAAUCUGUUGAUGCAAAGAAUAAAGCAUCACUGGAUAAGGAUGAUAGUUCAGAUGAUGAACCUUUAAGUAAAUUGGCCAAGAAACUUGACUCCAAACGUCAGAGAAAAGUAUCUGUCACACCAAAAGCAACCCCGGUCACGAAAUCCAAACGGAAUGCAGCAAGGAAAACAGUCAAAUAUGCAGAGUCUUCCAGUGACAGCUCAGAUGAUGAACCACUGGCAGUAAUGAAGAGGAAGCUGACAAAGGCUCCUAAAGCGCAAAAGAACGGCAAGAAUACCAAACCAAAACUGAAAGACAAAUCCCUAAAAGACAGCAGCUCAAGUGAUGAUGAUGUGCCGUUGUCGAACCUCAUUGCCAAGAAGAAACCAGUGAAGAAAAACACAAAGAAGACAGCUGGAUCACAAGUCAGUGUGUCAAGAAAGAGACGAGAACCUUCUGAUGAAAGCUCGGAAGAUGAACCCUUGAUUAAUCUUGUGAAAAAGAACCGCACAAACAAACAAACAAAAAACAAAAGGAAGGCUUCGUCUCCAAAGAAAAGGGGCACAGCUCCCCAAAAGCCGAGAAAGAAGCUUGUGUCAGGGUCAGAAAGCAACAGUUCAGAGGACGAACCCUUAACUCAUCAGGCAGCAAAACACCCACAAGUGACCAAAAUCCUGAGGAUAAUACUGGAGAGGUGUGAUGGUGAAGAAACAGGGGCAACACAAAGCUUGAACCAAACCACUACAGACAAACCGAUUGCUGAAAAGGACUUGAGUAAGGAGUCAAAAGCCUCAGAGGAAUCAUCAUCAGAAGAGUAAGAAGACGAAAUAAAGCUGAAACAGGUUGAAGAAGCUUUUUGUUACCUUUCACCUUCUGGACGUCAACGUUGGCUCCAUGUUUGAAGGACUUCACAAAGUGUCAUAAAUCCUUUGGAGAGAAACCUAAAAAUUACAGUUAGUGGUCAAUGUGAAGUUUAAUUGGUGUUUUAUAUACAGUACAUACAUGUUCAUUUAAGGUGUUAAUAUUUUUACUCUUGUUUUUAAGUUUGGGAUCAAAUUUUGUAGCUUCCUGAAAGAUUCUAUGCACAGUUGUUCAUGUUAUUUUUUAGUAUUCUUGCCUAUUGUUUGCACUGUCUGCUCUGGUUUUAUUUUUUUUUAAAGGGAAUUAUUUAACACUUAUUGAUGUAAAUUACUGUCAUGCUUUUAUAUCAACUGUACGCACAGCAUGCAGAUGUGAAGAUAUAUUGUGUUGGAUUAAAUACUCACAUCACAAUGAAGUUUACUGACAA